CUCAAAUCUCGAUGGUUGAGCCAUUUCUUCUACCCAUUAGGCCAUUACACAAGAUAAGCUCGUAUCCGAACCCCAGACCCAGGCUCACAGCUCAGCUUUCACAUUUUUGCAGCUCUCCUCCACCUUGCAAAGAGUCCCCCCAUGUCAACGCGGCUCAGCUCCGCGAAGUAGUCGCAGCCGCCGCGCUCCUCCUCCGACAGGAUGGACGCGGCGAUCCAGGAGCUCAGGAGGGGAACCAGGCUGGCGGAUCUGCUCAUGCAGCAGGUGGAGCUCAUCCCGGAGCUUGAACGACGCCACGCAGCGGUGGCCAACGUGGGCGAGAUAUCCACGGCGAUGGAGUCGUCGCUCUCCCUCCUCCAGUCUGAGAUGGAGCGGCCCCCCUCCCCCGAGGUCGGGGCGGUGGCCAUGGCUGCCUACUCCUCCGAUGGAAGCAUCGGUGAAAGAAAUGGCGCCGUCGCCAGUGCCAGAAGGGUGAGGCACCGGCGAGGCAGGGAUGGAGCUGAGCUCCCAAUGAAGGAGAUAUUGACUGAGGCACCAGAAAACGAUCGUUUCCACUGGAGGAAAUAUGGUGAGAAGAAGAUCCUCAAGGCUGAAUAUCCAAGGUUAUACUAUAAAUGCGGUUACAGUGAUGACCACAAGUGCCCAGCAAAGAAAUACGUUCAGCAGCAAAGCAACAACGGCCCUACUCCACUUUUCAUGGUCACCCUGAUCAACAAGCAUACGUGCGAGACUUUGUUCCCGGACGAGCCCAGCUCAAGCAGCACUAGUGCUUCGCAGGUUCUCGACUUUACAAAGGCAUCGCUUUCUCCUCCUCCAGUAAUGGCCGCCGCUGCCCCAGGGCUGAAGAAAGAGGAAGAAGACAGCAUGUCUGUGUCUAUGCACAGCUACCCGUAUGAUGAGUACCUGUCAUCUUCAUUUCCAAUGAUGUCGCCAGAUGGAGAUUAUCAGGUCAAAUUUUCCCCGGGGCCCGGGCCCGGGUGGUAGCAGUCUAAUGAGUGAGUGAGAUACACCUACCAGUUUACUGUAAUUUUCAAGCAGUGAGUCGAACCAUAAUAAUCUAGCAGCGACUCAUGCGCGGCAAGAUUAGCUUAUUAUUAGCACCAACGGUUUCUUAGCACCAACUAUGCAUAAAUAUGCGUGGCCAUGGUGUUAACCUGUAGCAACAACGGUUUCUUAGCUGGAUAUACAAGGUUUCGCUUUGGAGUUGUUGGACAUAUA